GAAUUAUCAUUCGUUCUGAUAUGAAAGAACUGUCUGAUGUGGAGAGAUUUGUUGAUUUAUAUCAAACUUUAACUCAUACAGAGUUCAAUGUGCUGCAAUCGAAACAUAUGACUAGAUGUGUUUUCCGUAAGCGGUGGUUUUGUCAUUUUCAUGGAAGAACUAAACCAGUACUUGAUUAUGGAUGCCGAGCUUCAGUCGAUAUUCUCAUUAAAAAAGUAACUAGAAGUACUGCUAGAAAUGAUCCUUUCUUGAAGUUAAAACCUCCCCUUCCUGCAGUCAUAAAAAUUCACUACCCUCACACUCAUCCUGUGUUGGAAAAGAAAUUUUUGAGAAAAAAUAAAAUGACAAAUGAGAUGAGGAAAAUAUUUUAUGAAUAUUUCAAGCAUGAUAUUGUGGGAAUGAAUGCCAAGAAACUUCACCUCAAGUUAUUGCGAGAAGCAAAUUUCCCAUACAUGGAUGAUCGAUGCAUAAAUCCUCGCUUAGACACAAUAUAUAGACUUCACAGAUUUUGGUUGAAGGAGGUUGCACCUAAAUACAGUAUUGAAGCAGAUCCGGCAUCGGAAAAGGAAGAUGGUAGUUCGCAACUUGAAAACAUAAAAAAAGAAGACUCUUGCCAUGAGGAUUUUGUAAAUCAUAUGAAAGAAACUAUUAUUGGGCUUACCAGCUUUGAUGCAGAACCAAGUGCUGAUAUUUUUGACAUUGAAUCAAUUAAAAGUGAACCAGUUAUGGAUUCAGCUCCCAAAGAUAACCUCUCAAUCAAAAAAGAGCGUACUGAAAGUGAAGAUACUGUUCAAGAUUUUAUUUGCAUUGCCAAUGUUUCCGGCAAUGCCAUAGAAUUGGCAAAUUACAGAGACCAACAAAGAAUAAGUUGUUUAAAUUAUAUGAUGAAUCAGUACCGACCAAUCAUGCCGAAACCAGUUCCAGGAGAAACUAAUUCAAAAAUUGAAAUUCCAGCAAAUAACAGAAUUGUUUCCACUCCAAUUAAUCCAAAUAUUCUUCAGAGUACAAAAAUUCUUCAUCAAAAGCCUAUUUUGUUCUCAAAGCAUGGAGUUGUGAAAGUAAAUGCUAUAAUGAUUCAAAAUAUAAAAAGCUAGUAAUUCAUAAUUUUUAUUGAUAUACUAUUUAUUUUAAAUUUAAAAAAAAAUUCACUUAUUCAUAGUUUUUACUUUGAAAAUUACUGCAAUAUUAACAAUCUGUUGAUAAAUUUAUAAUCAAGCUUGAAAAGAACUUGUUUGGGCUCUUGAAAAGAUGAAGAUACUGU